CAAAGCUAACUUCUUACUAAAGCCAGAUACCAAAUGCUUGAGAUGAGUUUUUCUCUUUUUAUUAUUCUUAUCAUGUAAAACCAACAUUAGUUUUCUUAUAUAAGUUGUAGCAUGUAGUGUUUGAUGUAGGAGUAUUGUAUUGAAAGCUCAUAUAGUGAGAAUACGAUGAUGGGAAAUGAUGGUGCAAUGUGUGAAACCAAGUGCAGGUAUGAUGUUUUCCUUAGUUUUAGGGGAGAAGACACUCGUGACACAUUCACUUGUCAUCUCUAUCAUGCUUUGUGUCGGAAGGGAAUUAUCACCUUCAUGGAUGAUGGAGAACUCAGCUUAGAUCAGAUUGGUUCAACACUUCUUAGAGUCAUUGAAGAAUCGAGCAUCUCAAUUGUUGUUUUAUCAGAAAAUUAUUCAGAUUCCUCAUGGUGCCUUGAUGAACUUGUGAAGAUCCUCGAGUGUAAGGAGUCAAAAAACCAGUUGGUUUGGCCAAUCUUCUACAAAGUGAAUCCCUCAGAUGUGAGACAUCAGAACGGAAGUUAUGGUGAGGCCAUGACUAAGCAUGAAAAAAGGUUUGGAAAAGACUCAAAGAAGGUGCUCCAAUGGAGGUCAACCUUGAAUGUCAUAGCCAAUAUGACAGGAGAGCAUCUGAAAUCUGAACAAUGGUAAGUAAUACGACAUGAAGUAGCCUUAUUCUAUUAAAUGAUUAUACAAAAAAAUAUUUACUGAUGAAUGUAUACAUGGAUGAUUGUUCAUGUUUUAGGAGAGAUGAAUCAAAGUUUAUAGAAGAACUUGUUAGCAAGAUUUUCCUGAAAGUGUCUCCUAAUAUUUGUGAAGUGAUGAGCAUAUAGUAGGACGAGAGUAACGAGUUGAAGAACUGAAAUCACUACUAAACCUUGAGUCUCUUAAUAUCACAUUGUUAGGGUUUCAUGGAACAGGUGGAAUCGGCAAAACCACACUUGUCAAAGCUUUGUAUGACUCCACUUACCAGCAUUUUGAGGUUUCAUGUUUUCUUUUCAAUGUUAGAGAAAAAUCAAAUCAAAUUAAGGGUAUAGACAAAGGCUUCUAUGAGAGAUCAUUGAGGACACUAAAAUUCAGCUGGCAAGUAAAGCAGAAGGAACCAACAGAAUAAAACAGUCUAUAUUCAAAGAGUUCUCAUAUUUCUGACGAUGCUGAAGACAUGGAACAGUUGAACAAUUUGGCAGGGAAAAGAUUUUGGUAUGGUGAGGGAAGCAGAAUCAUUGUAACAAGAAGAUAAACAUUUACUUGAUGUUGGUGGGAUCAACACCAGAUAUGAAGUGAAAAUGCUAAACAACCAAGAGUCUCUGGAACUCUUCUGUCAAAGUGCCUUUGGAAACAGUUGCCUGAAACAAACUAUGAAGAUCUGUCAAAUUGUGCAAUAGGCUGUUGCAAAGGCCUUCCACUGAACUUAAAAGUUUUGGGCUUAUGAUUUGAAAAGAUUUUGCUGGAUGAAAGAAUGCAUUAGAUAGAUAUGAUAAGAGUCCACAUCCAGAUGUUCAAAAAGUUCUCAGAAUAAGCUAUGAUAGGUUUCCCUUCGAUGAGAAAAACAUUUUUCCCGACAUUGCAUGCUUCUUCAAAGGGCAAAGAUCAGAAUAUGUAAAUAGAGAGUAUUGGAUGCAUGUGACUUCAACUCAGGAGAUGGCAUUGAUACAUUAGUUAAUAAAUCUUUAUUAACUGUUGACAGCCAAAACAAUGUUUGGAGAUGCAUGACCUGAUACAAGACUUGGGUAAAGAGAUUGUCAAAGAGGAAGCAUGGGCUGAAAUUGGUGAAUGCAGCAGAUUGUGGUUUCACGAAGAUGUUCUUCAAGUACUUUUUGAUGAUAUCAUAAGUGAUAUUUGCCAACUUUGUUUCUUGUGACAACAUAAUUAAUGUCACUUGUGAUUAUUUUAAAGGGAAGUGGGAAAAUUCAAGGACUAAUGCUUGAUCCCCCACAAAGAGAAGAAAUUAAUUGUACUGAUACUGUAUUUGAGAAGAUGAAGAAUCUUAGAAUUCUCAUUGUUCGUAAUAUGAGCUUUUCACAUGAACCUAGUUGUCUCCCAAAUAACUUAAGGCUACUUGAUUGGAAGAAUUACCCUUCACAAUCCUUCCCUUCAGAAUUUUAUCCCAGAAAAAUUGGGGCAUUCAAUUUAGGUAGAAGUCCUGUGAUCGCACUGGAAGAACCAUUUAAGCUUAUUAACGUAUCUA